AUGGAUGUGUACAUGAAGAAUUAUUUUGAAGUAGUUUUUAGCAAUUUCGACAGGGAUUGCUUGAAUGAGAGAUACAAGAGGAGGAAUCUUGUUGAGUUCUUUAGAGCUGUGAUUGUUGGAUGUGCAAGAGGUGAAAACAAAUCUGACACGACAAGUUGCACGAACUUAAUUCUUGCCACCCUUCAGUAUCAUAAACAGUGCAAAUAUGAUAAUGGUGGUGUCUGUCUCAUGGGAAAGUAUCACAAUGUCCUCUAUAUAGCUAUGAAGCUGGCUUUCGAUUGGGGUGUCCAAGAUACCGAAGCAGUAGCAGAACUAUUGAAUGAGAUCUACACGUGUGAAAACACUUUCGAGAGAAUAUUUUUGGGAGCCAUAUUUGGUACGGCAGCACCACAUUUCAUAGCGGGUUGGAAAUCAGAUUUCUUGGACAGAGAGGAAAACGUACACGCACUGGUAUACUUUCUGGACCACGCCAACAAGGGUUCCUUAGAAUAUACAGAAGAUGAGAAGGUUUAUCGGUUUAUAGACGUGCCUUUAGAAAGUUGUGGUAAAGCAUCGCCGGCAAAAGUUGUUAUACAGAAGGCCUCCUCAGAAAUGCUUAUGAUUCUACUUAGAUUUGGAGCGAAAAUAACAGAUGACGCAGCAACGAAUCCAGUUGAAUCAAUCUUAGAGAGAAUGAAAGAAUAUAAAAGAGCAUAUCCAUAUGAAUUAGUUGGAUGUUUGAAACUGAUUUUAAGAGUGAUACCAACGAUUAAAUUUACAGUGCCUAGACAAGUGUAUAAACAGUUAGAACUGCCAGAGGAUUAUAAUUACGAUAGAAAGAUAGUGCUGGAAAAUUAUGCAGUAUUUCUGGAAGAUCAUUUGAUUCCAAGUACAAGAUGUGGUUUAAGACCAGUGGAGCUUAAACAUCUGUGUCGAUGUGCGGUGCGACAGAGACUGUGGGAAAAUUUUGAGUUGCCUUUUGGCAUUUACAAAUUACCAGUACCCGUGUCGUUGAAGAAGUAUUUGGAUCUAUUUGAUGAUUAA